CUCGAUUUUUGCAUGAAAAUCUGCAUCAACUCAUUCCCUAAGUCUAACUAUCAUGGCACCAAACUUCCUCUCCAAAUUCGUAAAGGCAAACGGUGACAGCCAUCCCCGUGCUCGGACGAUUUCCGACAUUGGAGAUAUUCGCGGGCGAUCAGCCUCUAGCUCAAUUGACAGUAAAGCACUCCCGCCGUCAGUCGUUCUCACCACAGAGAACAGCGACUCGCCCGUUGCACCUUCGACUCCUGGCAGCCUUCAUCGCGAAGACUCGUCAUCGCGCCGCGCCCGCUCGGUCACGCUAACGCCGUCUUCCCAAUCGAAAGAUCUGCCAGACAUUGUCAGCUUCCCUCAGACAACGAGCCCAGAAGGCGCAGUACCCGCGAACCCGUCUAUGGGACUCGGCAUUGAUCUCGGUCAGCUUCCUCAGCUUCCCGAGCCGGCCCUUGCUUCCCACCACUCCGGUAUGCCCAUGGAAAGCAGUACCACAAAUGGCGUUGAACCUGUGGUAAAGCGAAAGUUAUCCUCUAAAUCUCUCAAAUCACUCAAGGGUCAGAAGAUACAGCAGCCACAGGGUGACGUUCCCCCAGUACCCCGAGUACAGGAGAUCGAGGCUUCACCAAAAGCGCUACCGCUUGUUGAUUCACCCACGUCUGACGCAACCCCAACGACUGCGAGCUUCCCGGCUCCAUCGGACAGUGAGAUUCUGCCUCCGUCGACUAGCACGACCUCGCAAGCAUCCUCGUUGCACCCUCGCGCACGGGACUCAGAUGCUGUCUCAGUCUCAUCAGCUGUAUCAUCGAACAAGAAGAUGCCAUGGAGGCGAGGUUCCGCAGGUUCAGGCAAGAAACGCAAGCCGACCGGUCUGGCGAGUGCGAUAACUGCCUCUGGUCUUGCCAUGGCGAACCCCGGUGUUGCACAGUCCCUUGCAUCAUUCGCGCCGCAGCCUUCACCGCGCAGUCAACCCAACAGCCCGCCACAGAACUCUGCGACUCGUUCGCGCGGUCCUUCAAAUGCUAGUCAUGCGCGCUCUAUUUCGAACCCGGAGGAAAAUGACCAGUUCUACUCGGACUUGGACUCCGGCUCAGAGGACGAUCUCGAUGAUGAGAUUCCUGUGACUGGCUUUGCUGUCGCCAGCAACAAGCGUAAUGCGGACUUCCACGAGAUGUUCCCCUCAGUACCGGAGGGUGACUAUCUUAUUGAAGAUUAUGGUUGUGCCCUUCAACGCGAAAUCCUAAUUCAAGGGCGUUUGUACAUAUCUGAGAACCAUAUAUGCUUCCACGCAAAUAUCUUUGGUUGGAUCACUGACUUGAUCGUACCCGUUUAUGAAAUAAUUUCGAUCGAGAAGCGUAUGACUGCGCUAUUCAUCCCGAACGCUAUUCAGAUCACGACGCGUACUGCGAAAUAUACCUUCGCCUCUUUCCUCUCACGCGACACAACAUACGAUGUCAUUCACAACAUUUGGCGCCUAGCACGUCCUGAUGCUGAGUCGAUUCGUUCUGGCGAAAUCAGCACCCGUGUUUCUCUGGAUGACCCAGGCAUGUUGAACGAGGGUGGGUCAUCAACUGCGGGAACCUCGCUUGUGAGCCCUCUCGGAGGCAAGACGACGAUAUGCGCGUGCGGAAAGAACAACCAGCACUUCUCUCAGACGUGUAUGAGUGCGGUGUUCCCGGGCACGCCGGAGAAGAUCUACAACCUCAUGUUUGCGAGUGGUUACAUGAAAGAUUUCAUGGGGAUCGAACAAGGGUUGAGAGAUUUACAAAUAUCCGAUUGGAUGCUCGAUCCCGAAACAAAGCUUCUCUCGCGGAAGUAUACGUAUGUCAAAACCCUUAACGGCGUCGUGAAACAAACGAAAUGCGAGCUUGUCGACGAAACGUUGCACUGUGACUUUGAUGAUUACAUCACUACCUUGACGACGACUCGUACACUAGACGUGCCCAGCGGAAGCGCUUUCGCAGUCAAGACGCGUACUUGCAUUAUGUGGGCCGGAGUUGCGAUGACCAGAGUCAUUGUAACUACUGAUGUGGAAUGGUAUGGACGAAGCUUUAUCAGAGCUAUGAUCAACAGCUCUGCUGUCGACGGUCAAAAGAAAUACCACUCCGAUCUUGAGAAGUCCAUGCGAAGAUACAUCGCAGCACACAAGAACGAGUUCGUUCCGGAGGGUAUGGAAGAGAUGGCCGAAGCUCCUAUCACUAUCGAAGCCGUCGGCCCUGCCAACACCGAAGAGACCGCCAUCCAGGUGCCGCUUACGCAGGAAGAGGCGGACAGAAAGCGCGAACACGAGCGAAAUCAACGUGCGACGCAAUGGGCGUUUGACACCGUCAUGGGUGCAUACAAGGUGGCGAAGCAAUCGACAAUUGUUGCGCUUGACCUCGUUAGCGAUGCAUGGGAUCAGUCGACCAUCACAACGAUCCUUUACUUCCUGAUUGUCCUGCUCGUGUUUAGCAACAUAUGGACGUUCCUUAAGGUCGGUCAACGAGAAGAGGUUGGCCGAAGGAAGGAGAUGAUCAAGAUCGAGGAGCAGAAGAAAUGGGUCGCGAGCAUAGUUGCUGCGCUUGCGGAAGAACGAUCCCCGAAGCAACCGAGCGACUUCAUUUCUCGAGUUGUCCCAUCCGGCGAGGCGGAAUGGUCGACAGAACUCAGCGACCUGAAUAAGGCGCUAGAUAACGUAGAGGGACGAGUUCAACAACUUCGGAGAUCCAUACAAGACUUGGAUUAAUCUAUCUGUUUGUCAUAUCUUGGACUUAUUUUAUUUUUCUUAUUUUUUCUCUCUUUCAUUGUAUAAAUUGCACUGCAUGAAAAUAUCUUGGCUCGAACACAUUCACGCGCUCUUUCCCCUUUCAAUCUGCUUUUCAUACCCCACUC